UGCGAACUAUUUAUGUUGCCCAGAACGAUGUCAUUUAGAAGCAUUAUUUUAAUGAACGAGUGGACUUCAGGAACAGGUUUAAGUCUGGAUGCGUGCCGAAGCGGAUUCAGUAUAUGUACAUGUAGAUGUGCCAGUUCAUACACCGAAUAUGUUGCAAACGACCUUUCUGGAUUGGAUCCCAGUGACUUCGGCUCUGAUCCCAGCUCCCAAUGGAGAUUACGAAUAUUUUGUUCCUUCUGAGAGCACAUCGUGCAUCCGCCAGCUGCUGGUACGACGUACUUGCCUCGCACGUGCAUACAUUACCGUCGUCGUCUUCCUUCCUGGACCAUGCUUCAUCCGCUUUCGUCGGCUCCUCGUCCUCUCCGGAACUCUAAGAGAUGUGCUCCACAAUGUGGCGUCCCGUCCUCUGCAGCAGAGACUAAUGAUCGACAGCGGUAUUUUUGUUUCACGGGAAAUAAUCCAUGCGCCACCGAAUCAAACGCUGGGCUUCAGCUUCGAGACGCAAAACUUAUGUAUGUAUGUGCAUACAUACAUUACGCCUUGACACAAACCGAGUCGUAUCCGAUUUCCCCACGCAAGACGGAAUCCCAGUCAGACAGAAUCGUAUUCCAGCUGGACAGAAGCGCAUCCUUUGCAAGAGGCCGAACCUACCAAGCCGCCGUAUCUUUUGACCUGGCCAUCGACAACAAUCUCAAGGACUUUGGCUAUGGAAACCAAGGAGGAGCUGCGUGGUCUACUAGACUCUAGAUAGAUCUCGUUGUCGUUAGGUUUAAGGAUACAUACGUCUAUAUG